AUGUCAGUGAACGACUCUGCGUUGUGUAUGAUACUGGAUUCGAACCGGCGACCCUUGGGAUGGGAGGCGGGCGUGCUAGCAAGGACGCUAAAAUCCACGUACGCUAUUGUUAGUCGCCAGGACGUAUCUGAAGAUGUGCUGGGAGUUACUGUGGAUGAGGAGAAGACAGUGAGAGAGGGAGAGACUGUUACUCUACACACUGGUUUUACUGGACUACAGAGAGAUGUUCAGAUACAGUGGUUUUAUGGACCUGUGGAUCCAGACACAAUAAUAGCUCAGAUCCUCAGAGGAGAGAUUAUAACAGAUUACAGUGAUAGAUUCAGAGACAGACUGCAGCUGGACAAACAGACUGGAUCUCUCACCAUUAGGAGCAUCAGCAUCACAGACUCUGGAGUUUAUAAAGUACAAAUCAUCCGUGGAAAACUCUCAGAGAAGAAGUUCAGAGUCACUGUCUAUGCUACUGUUCCUGCUCCUCACAUUAGAGUCAGACAGAAUCACUCAGCAGUAAGUGGAUCAUCUGGUCCAAAGCGUUCAGUGGAGUGUUCAGUGGAGAAUGGGAGAGAUGUGACUCUGUCCUGGUACAAAGGGAAAGAGAUACUGAACCAGACCAGCAGCCCUGAUCUCAACACCAACCUCUCUCUCACUCUGGAGAUAGAAGAUCAGGACUGCAUCACCUAUAGCUGUGUAUCUGCUAACCUAGUCAGCAACAAGACAACACAACUCAAUGUAACUGACCUUUGUAACAUGUCUGGGAAACCAGCUGAGGAGCUGAAUUACUGUGAAAUAAAUGUUCCAACACAGAACACAACACAGAAGGUCACACAGGAAACUGCUGAGGAACCAGAAACAAUCUAUUCAUCUGUCAUCACCUGA